UGCGAGGCGCGCACGUGCACCGCGGAAGGACAGGCUGGCCGUGGAGAGCCCGCCCCCAUCGGGAGCCCACGCUACCGGAAGCGGAAAUAGCACCCGGCGUCUCCAGAGUAGCUGUAACUGCCACCGCGAUGCCGAAGGGGCCCAAGCAGCAGCCGCCGGAACCGGAGUGGAUCGGGGACGGAGAGAGUACGAGCCCCACAGACAAAGUGGUGAAGAAGGGGAAGAAGGACAAAAAGACCAAAAAGACGUUCUUUGAGGAACUGUCUGUAGAAGAUAAACAGGCUGGGGAAGAAGAGAAAGUGCUCAAGGAGAAGGAGCAGCAGCAACAGCAGCAGCAGGUUCAACAGCCGAAAAAAAAACGAGACACCCGAAAAGGCCGGCGGAAGAAGGAUGUGGGUGAUGAUGGAGAAGAGAAAGAGCUCAUGGAGCGUCUUAAGAAGCUCUCAGUGCCAGCCAGUGAUGAGGAGGAUGAGGUCCCUGCCCCCACGCCCCGAGGAGGGAAGAAAACUAAGGCUGGUAAUGUUUUUGCAGCCCUGAUUCAAGAUCAGAGUGAGGAUGAGGAGGAAGAAGAAAAACAUCCUCCUAAGCCUGCCAAGCUAGAGAAGAAUCGGAUCAAUAAGGCUGUGUCUGAGGAACAGCAGCCUGUGUUGAAGGGCAGAAAGGGAAAGGAAGAGAAGUCAAAGGGGAAGGCCAAGUCUCACAAUAAGUCUGCUGCUCUGGACAAUGAAGAAGAGGAGGAUGAAGAAGAAGAAAUAACAAAAGAAAAGGAACUACCCAGACAAGGGAAGGAGAAAGCCAAGAAGGCAGAGCCGGGUUCAGAGGAAGGAGAGGAGGAAGAGGAAGAGGAGUCUAAGGCUGAUGAUCCUUAUGUACACCUUAGCAAAAAGGAGAAGAAAAAGCUAAAGAAACAGAUGGAGUAUGAGCGCCAGGUGGCUUCAUUAAAAGCAGCCAAUGCUGCUGAAAAUGAUUUCUCCGUGUCCCAAGCAGAGGUGUCCUCCCGCCAAGCUAUGUUAGAAAAUGCAUCUGACAUUAAGCUGGAGAAGUUCAGCAUCUCAGCCCAUGGCAAGGAGUUAUUUGUCAACGCAGACCUGUACAUUGUAGCUGGCCGCCGCUACGGGCUAGUAGGACCGAAUGGCAAGGGCAAGACCACUCUCCUUAAGCACAUCGCCAACCGGGCCUUGAGCAUCCCUCCCAACAUCGACGUGCUGCUGUGUGAGCAGGAGGUGGUAGCAGAUGAGACACCAGCCGUGCAGGCUGUUCUUCGAGCUGACACCAAGCGAUUGAAGCUGUUGGAAGAGGAGCGACAGCUCCAGGGACAGUUGGAGCAGGGAGACGACACAGCUGCUGAGAGGCUAGAGAAGGUGUAUGAGGAAUUACGGGCGACCGGGGCAGCAGCUGCAGAGGCCAAAGCCCGGCGGAUCUUGGCUGGUCUGGGCUUCGACCCUGAAAUGCAGAAUCGGCCCACACAGAAAUUCUCAGGGGGCUGGCGCAUGCGUGUCUCCCUGGCCAGGGCGCUGUUCAUGGAGCCCACACUGCUGAUGUUGGAUGAGCCCACUAACCAUCUGGACCUCAAUGCUGUCAUCUGGCUCAAUAACUACCUCCAGGGCUGGCGGAAGACAUUGCUCAUCGUCUCCCAUGACCAGGGCUUCCUGGAUGAUGUCUGCACUGAUGUUAUCCAUCUCGAUGCCCAGCGGCUCCAUUACUAUCGGGGCAAUUACAUGACCUUUAAGAAGAUGUAUCAGCAGAAGCAGAAGGAACUACUGAAGCAGUAUGAGAAGCAGGAGAAAAAGCUGAAGGAGCUAAAGGCAGGUGGCAAGUCCACCAAGCAGGCGGAGAAGCAAACAAAGGAAGCCCUGACUCGAAAGCAGCAGAAAUGCCGGAGGAAAAACCAGGAUGAGGAAUCGCAAGAGGCUCCGGAGCUCCUGAAGCGCCCCAAGGAGUACACCGUGCGCUUCACUUUCCCUAACCCCCCGCCUCUCAGUCCUCCUGUGCUGGGUCUGCAUGGUGUCACGUUUGGUUAUGAGGGGCAGAAACCACUCUUCAAGAAUCUGGAUUUUGGCAUUGACAUGGACUCAAGGAUCUGCAUUGUGGGCCCUAACGGCGUGGGGAAGAGCACCCUGCUCCUGCUGCUGACGGGCAAGCUCACACCAACUCGUGGAGAAAUGAGAAAGAACCAUCGGCUGAAAAUUGGCUUCUUCAACCAGCAGUAUGCAGAGCAGCUGCGCAUGGAGGAGACGCCCACUGAAUACCUACAGCGGGGCUUCAACCUGCCCUACCAGGAUGCCCGGAAGUGCCUGGGCCGCUUUGGCCUUGAGAGUCACGCCCACACCAUCCAGAUCUGCAAACUCUCUGGUGGGCAAAAAGCCCGAGUUGUUUUUGCUGAGCUGGCCUGUCGGGAGCCUGAUGUCCUCAUCCUGGAUGAACCGACCAAUAACUUGGACAUUGAGUCUAUUGAUGCUCUUGGGGAAGCCAUCAAUGAAUACAAGGGCGCUGUGAUUGUCGUCAGCCAUGAUGCCAGACUCAUCACGGAAACCAACUGCCAACUGUGGGUGGUGGAGGAGCAGAGUGUUAGCCAGAUCGAUGGUGACUUCGAGGACUAUAAACGGGAAGUGUUGGAGGCCCUGGGUGAAGUCAUGGUCAACAGACCCCGAGAGUGAGUUUUCCUUCCUGGAAGUCUCCUGAAAGACAAGCUUGCAUGGCCUAGAAGUCUCAUAUUGUCUCCCUCUCUCCACUUGGACACCUCCCUCUGGUUUGCAGCUGACCCAGCAGCUACUCAGGCACGGGAAUGUGGACCAUGACCUUGACGUGACCAGGGUACCACUUUGAUUGACUCCUUUUCUCUGAAAGACCAGUCUGUUUCAGUUUUCUUCAGAGAACUAAGCUGGCCUUAUCCUUGACAUCCCUCCAUAUACACAGAGGUGACCGUCAUUGUUGUGGGCUCCAUCCAGCCAAGCUUAAGUGGCCAGACUCUUUUAUCAUUAAGAACAGAGCCUCUGGUCCAUCUGAAAGCUUCAGGCCCAGCUGGUCUCCUGGUCUUUGAGUGGUGCUGCUCAUUUCUGGUGGAUUUAAUGAUGACUUACUGAUACAAACAGCUGUUGCAGCUCAGUGCUAGAGGCAAGUUCUAAGGCCUGUACUAUUACCCAGUCCGGGGUCCAGUACCUGCAGUUGCUUGUUGAGUUGGGGACUUGAGGGCAGGAAAGAAUUGCCACUCAACUUGAAUCUCCCUUUACAAGGGGAGAAAUAAAGGAAAGGAGUUGUUGCCACCCUA